AGAAGACAAAUUUUCUGCAGUUUGGGUCUAGAUAGAUAAAUAACUGGGCGUUUCUUGUUGAUUAUACUAUGGGUAAUGCUCAGACAGCCAAGAAACUAGAUCCAGCAGAAAAUGUCAAGGCCUUUUUGGCUCAGGCCAAAGCUGAAUUCAGUGACAAAUGGGAGAAACCUUCACAGAAUACAGCAGGUCUUGAUGAUUUUGAAAGAAUCAAAACACUGGGCACAGGGUCCUUUGGACGUGUUAUGCUAGUCCAACACAAACAGUCAAAGCAGUAUUAUGCUAUGAAAAUAUUGGACAAACAGAAGGUUGUCAAGUUAAAACAAGUGGAACAUACCCUUAAUGAAAAAAGGAUAUUACAAGCCGUUUCUUUUCCAUUUCUUGUCAGUUUAGAAUAUCAUUUCAAGGAUAACUCCAAUUUGUACAUGGUUUUGGAAUUCGUAACUGGCGGGGAAAUGUUUUCACAUCUAAGAAGAAUUGGGAGAUUUAG